AAUCUAAAAUCUAAAAACCAAAAACCAUCUAAAAACUAAUUACGAUUCAUGGCCUAAGUAAGUUGAGAUGUUCGUAGAAUCGUAGUAGGUGGCAGGGCGUGUGUACUCACGACUCACGAGUUUCAAAUUCCAAAACUUUGUUUGAUUCGUUUUGUGCAUACGUGAUUUCGUCAUCCGUGGCGUCAUCAAACCAAUAAAGUAGUUAUAUAUGGGUGUUAGUUUAGUUAAAGUAGUCAAGGAGGAUCCCUUCAACUUGUGUUGUCUCAAAUUCCUCAAAACAUGGCGAAUCGAUCGGAGGAAGCAGAGUACGAGAUUGAUUCUCGACGAAAUCAGCAAGACAAGAGCAAAGCAGGGGUUUUAGAUCUGUUGUUGAAACGGCCUUUACGGUGGCUAACUAUGCUUAUUGAAGAGCUUCACUGGAGCUUCUUCUUCGGUGUUAUUGUCGUCUAUGGUGUUAGCCAAGGCCUUGGUAAAGGUCUCAGCAAAGUCAGCACUCAAUACUAUUUUAAAGACGAGCAGAAGAUACAACCUUCUCAAGCUCAGAUUUACGUUGGUUUGAUUCAGAUUCCUUGGAUCAUUAAACCUCUCUGGGGACUCUUGACUGAUGUUGUCCCUGUUUGGGGCUAUCGGAGGCGACCCUAUUUCAUAUUCGCCGGCUUUCUUGCUAUGAUCUCCAUGAUGGUGUUAUGGCUGGACACGAAUCUGCAUCUUGCACUGGCUUUGUCCUGUCUUGUGGCAGGAAGUGCUGGUGUUGCUAUAGCAGAUGUAACCAUUGAUGCUUGUGUAACACAAUGUAGCAUAAGCCAUCCUACGCUUGCUGCAGAUAUGCAAAGUUUGUGUGGUUUGAGUUCUUCCAUUGGAUCCUUGGUUGGUUUCUCCCUUAGCGGCGUUUUGGUGCACUUAAUUGGGGCCAAGGGUGUGUACGGUUUACUUGGUUUGACUGCAGGGUUAGUUGUUGUAGUGGGGAUGGUUCUGAAAGAAUCUCCUUCUCGCAGCUUAGGUCGUAAACAUGCGAACGAGAAGUUUCUGGACGCUGGAAGCGCAAUAUGGAAAACCUUUCAAUAUGGUGAGGUGUGGCGACCAUGCUUGUUCAUGCUUUUGUCAGCAGCAGUGAGCUUGCACAUUCAUGAAGGCAUGUUCUAUUGGUACACAGAUUCAAAGGAUGGUCCUUCCUUUUCAAAGGAAGCCGUUGGAUCCAUUAUGUCGUUUGGUGCAAUCGGCUCUCUUGUGGGCAUACUUCUCUAUCAGAACUUUCUGAAGAACUUCCCUUUCCGGAAUGUCGUCUUUUGGGCACUUUCCCUAUCUGUCCUGUCAGGAUUUCUGGAUUUGAUCCUGGUGCUGCGCAUAAAUCUGAAGCUUGGUCUCCCUGAUUACUUCUUCAUUGUGGUAGACGAGUUUGUUUCACAUAUGAUAAGUAGAAUCAAGUGGUUACCUUUACUUGUUCUCAGUUCCAAGCUCUGCCCUGCCGGUAUGGAAGGCACUUUCUUUGCUUUGCUCAUGUCGAUUGAACACGUAGGACACCUAAUGUCGUCAUGGGGCGGAGGAGUAUUACUCCAUGCCUUGAAAGUUACGCGUACUCAGUUUGAUAAUCUCUGGCUGGCUAUUGUGAUCAGGAGUUUAUUGAGGGUAAUUCCAAUUGGAUUGGUCUUUUUGAUACCAAAUGUUGAUUCAAACUCAACCAUUCUCCCGGCUGAAAUGUUAACAAACAGAAGAAGUGAAGGUGUUGAUACAGAGAAGAUAGAGAUGACAGCUCUGAUCCGUGAUGAAGCUUGAGUUUGAAUCAUUUGUGUUUUCAGACUUGCCAAGGCCAAGCAAACAAGAGACGCGUCAGGCUUGACAAAGUAGAACACACCGGUGGCAUCCACUUCGAGCUCAGCGUUACCUUCGAAGAUCAUUUUGAUAGUGGGGAUGCUAAUGUCUUCGUAACUUGUGAGGUUAAAGCAAGUGUCUAAGAUUGAAUAACCAGGAGCUGAAGGAAACCCGGAAAACUGUUUCAGAAACUCUGUUUUCACAGCUUUGUAAAUGGAAGGUGGCAAUCUCGUGAUAACCGUUCCUGAAUCGAUUAGUAUCCCUCUACCGAAGCUUGAUGUUUCCAGCUCCACGCCACCAAUGCUAGCACCGGUGAGAUUCAGAAUGUAAAAGGAACUAAGCUGAGGGUUUUGUAGUAACGGCG